AUCUCUCUCUUAUCACUUCCUCUGUCUUUCCCACAUCGAGCUGAAUGUCAGCAGACCCCUCGCGCGACAGACUCCUCACGUUAUGAGCUUCCCGUCGAGUUUGGAGUUCAUCUCCUUGAAUCAUGUGUUCGCGCUCGCCUCGCUCGUGUGUUUGGCGAUUAUGGUUAAAUUACUGGUUAUGAGGAGAAGAGGGAUGCGAACUAUGGAGGCUUUCCCAGGACCACCUGCACACUGGCUCAUCGGACACGUCAAAGAGUUUCACCAGGAUGGACAUGAUUUGGAAAAGAUUAUGAAGUGGAGUGGACAGUACCCCUUUGCCUUUCCGCUGUGGUUUGGCCCGUCACUGUCCAUCCUGAACAUCCACCACCCCUCGUACGUGAAGACCCUUCUCACCACUACAGAACCCAAAGAUGAUUAUGCAUACAAGUUUUUCAUCCCUUGGUUAGGCGAUGGCUUGCUUGUGUCUACUGGACAGAAGUGGUUUCGGCACAGGCGGCUUCUCACUCCUGGUUUCCAUUACGAUGUUCUGAAGCCUUAUGUGAAACUUGUUUCUGAUUCAACCAAAGUCAUGCUUGAUAAGUGGGACGUUUAUGUCGAGUCAGGAGAGUCGUUUGAACUGUUUAAGCAUGUAAGUCUGAUGACGCUGGACAGCAUCAUGAAAUGUGCGUUCAGCUGUAACAGCAACUGUCAGACAGACAGUGGAACCAACCCGUACAUCCAAGCGGUGUAUGACCUCUGCCACCUGGUGAACGUCAGGUUCAGAGUGUUUCCAUACCACAGCAAGGCCAUAUUUCAUCUCAGUCCACAUGGAUACAAAUUCAGGAAGGCGGCCAGAAUAGCACACAAUCAUACAGCGGAAGUUAUCAGAAAGAGGAAAGAAGUCUUGAAGAUUGAGAAGGAACAGGGCAUUGUUAAAAACAGACGAUAUUUGGACUUUUUGGAUAUUCUUCUGUCUGCCCGAGAUGAGCAUCAGCAGGGAUUGUCGGAUGAAGAUAUCAGGGCUGAAGUGGACACAUUCAUGUUUGAAGGCCAUGACACCACAGCCAGUGGAAUAUCUUGGAUCUUCUACAAUCUGGCUUGUAACCCUGAGCACCAGGAGAAAUGCAGAGAGGAGAUCCGGCAGGUUCUGGAAGGAAAAGACACAGUGGACUGGGAAGACCUCAAUAAAAUCCCUUAUACCACAAUGUGCAUUAAAGAAUCCCUGCGGCUGUGCCCUCCUGUCCCAGGAAUAUCACGAAAGCUGACUAAACCCAUGACUUUCUUUGAUGGACGAACUGUACCUGAAGGUUGUACCAUCGGAGUCAGCAUUUAUGGGAUCCACCUGAAUGCCUCCGUGUGGGAGAAUCCAUAUGUAUUUGAUCCGUCGAGGUUUCUGCCAGACAACGUUGCUAAGAGGUCUCCGCAUGCUUUUGUGCCCUUUUCUGCCGGACCCAGAAACUGCAUCGGACAGAACUUUGCCAUGAACGAGAUGAAAGUUGCGGUGGCGUUGACACUGAAGAAAUACCGGCUGAUUAAAGACCCCCAGCACAUCCCGAAGAUGAUCCCUCAAGUCGUGCUCAGAUCACUCAACGGAAUUCACAUCAAGAUCAAACCAGCAGAAAGUGAUUCGUGAUCCGUCUGACACUCGUUUCCAGCCAAGAUCUCUAGAGGUUCUUAAAUCACGAGGGGUUUUCUAAUGAUUGUCUUGUUUUCAGAAAAAUAAACAAGUCAAAAUUAAGUGAUUUUUUUUUGCUUAGGGGUGAGCAAAAUCUAAAAAACAGCUAAAAAAAGCACGUAGGAGGUGCCUUAAUGGCUUCAUUUAAACAUCUAAUACACAUUUAACUCCUGGAAACCGGAUGGUUGGAAAACACCACACACUUAAGUGGCCCAGCUGUGUAAUGAAUCCCUUUCUACCAUCGGUAUAAACUCAUUUUGUCACUUUUCCUCGUGACACCAGACGCGGCCAGCCGUCAGUGAUUAUUUCCUGGCAGUGUAUAAGAGGCUUGAUCCUCUGUUAUACAGUUUUUACUUCCAAGUGUUAAUUAAUUUGAUGUACUGAAUGAAUUUUUUGCCUCAGAAUUAUGCAUCUUAUAAAAGAUCAAUCUUUUGAUCCGUAACUAGUGCAAAAAAGAAAAAUGCAUGUUUAUUCUUUUUUGUGUGUGUGUUUUUACGCCCAGUGAAAUGUAAAAUAUUUGAGUGUUUCUGUUAAUAGUUUACUCUUAGCAGCUUUACACGUUUGAAAUAAAAGUUCAGUUUUACAUCACAUGAAUUAAAACUGAGGUGAUCCUUAGAAGAAUGGUUUAUCUAAAAAUAAAAAUGCACUCAUUUACUCA